AAAGCAACAGUCAAAAGUUUAAGUGGUGUAAGGAUUUACCUAUAAAAUAUGGUCAGAUGCAAUUUGAUUUUCAUCGUAGUAUUCGCGAGAAUCGAAAUGUAACUACGGAAUCCCGGGCCCCGAUGGGGUUCGAAAUAGCAGAACACAUUCAGAAAUAUCAGAACCAUCAGCAGCAGAGAAUGGAGAAGGUUCACAGAGACCUGCUUGUAACCCACCGUACAGAACUGGUGGAAAACAUCGAUGUGACUAAUGGCCUAUUCAGUGAGCUUGUGCAGCGUAAAGUGCUCAAUCAGAGGAUGGUCCGGAACAUUAAAAACAACAAAGACAUCGACACACAAAUUGAAGAGCUUCUAGACAUACUUCCCAGACGUGGUCCUGAUGCUUUUCACCUUUUCUGUGAAUCACUAAUAGCUAGUGACCAACAGCAUAUUGUGGACUCCAUUCUAAAAGUGAAUCUUGCUGAAGCACCUACAGAAAAGACUGCAUCAUCCUGCACAGUAUGCACUGUGCACUCUUCACCUCAUGUGUCUUCUAUGGCAACAGAUACAUCCUGCUUGACUGCAACCACCUCAUUGUCUAUUACAUCAGCUACAUCAGCUGCUUUACAGCAACCAAGCUCUCCACAAAAACGAGGACUAAAAGAUGAAAAAAAGGCUCCAGUGGAAAGUGCAGAGGAUCUCGCCUCAGAGACUGAAAGUGACUGCUCCCCUAGAAAAAUAAGAUCUGUUAAGUCUGAUUCUCCAUCAGUUAUUUGCAUAAAAGAUGGUGAUGACAAAAGCGUUUUCAGGAUUUGUCAUUCUAAGAUAAAAGAGAAGCCUUCAGAGCUGAUUUCUCAAAAACAGCUUGACAAGAACAGAUUUACUACUGAUGAGAUGCGCUAUGUCAUGAAACAUUUUGUUACUGUAGACAGCCAAGAAGAGAGACGACAAGAGGUGAACAGAAAUCUUGCUGAAACUCUUUUACAUGAUAUGACUAGAGAUUAUUUCAAUGCUUUCCAGUCCCAACCAAGACUUUAUCCUAAGAAUCCAAUACAAGCAAGUGACAACCACAGAUAUGUCUCUUCUCUCCGAGAAAGCCUGAGUCGAUGUGACUCCGCUGAUACCAUGGACCGACAUUUUCCACAAAAGGCAGGAGCGACAUGUCACCAGACAGCAGACAAAGAUGAGACAGUCUCAGUUUUGAUGCCACCUCAGACAACUCAGGCUUUACAUUUAAGUGAAAAAAACAUGGAUCUUACUGAUGGGUCCGUAUGUGUGAGAGUGGAGCACUGUAAUCGUCAGUUUUACAUGGAGAACAAAGAAAAGGCUUACCGCAUGCUGGGGAUGCCACGUGGUCAAGCCUUAAUCAUCAAUGUCAAUGAAGUACAUGAUAAGCCACCUCGUAGGGGAACAGACAUUGACCGUGACAACAUGCACAAUCUGCUGACCCAACUGCACUUUAAUGUCAUAGUCUAUAAUGACUGUGAUGACCUCACAGCACAGGGAUUAGUUAACAAGUUGCGGAAAUUUGCAGCAUUGCCAGCACAUCACACUAGUGAUGCAUGUAUCAUCUGUCUUCUGAGCCAUGGUGAAGAAGGGUUCAUUUUUGGAACAGAUGGCAAGCGAGUUCCAUUAGAUGAGAUUUUUGUGCUGUUUGGUAACCGCCAUUGCCCUGCUUUGCUUAGCAAACCCAAAAUAUUUUUCAUCCAAGCAUGCCGAGGAGGAGCCUUGGACCAUGGUGUGAAAUUAGACCUUGAUGAAACUGAUGGACCUAGUAUUCAGCAGUCCCAUUUGCAGCUUCCCUCUGUCUCCGACAUGCUUAUCUGUUAUCCCACAUUAGAAGGGUACUAUGCAUGGAGAAAUCGAGAGAGAGGAAGCUGGUACAUUCAGGCAGUUGUACAGAUAUUCAUGCGUCAUGCAAAAUGUGAAGAUAUAUGUGCCAUGCUAAACAGGGUUAAUGAGCUUGUCUCCAGGAAAGUGUCUAGGUGUCCUCAAGCUGACAUGGACCGGAUGUCACAAAUGUCAGAGUUCAAAAGUUCAUUAAGACGACCAUAUUUGUUCUUCUUUCCUGGCAUUGGUAGUCCACACAUUGAUAAUGUUUGACCACACUUUAGGAUAACAGUGAACUACAAUCAUAGUCUUCCAUAUAUUUCAAUGAUGAAGGACCCAAUUAGAAAACAAAACUUUGCAACAAGUGGAACCACCUUUGGUUUCUUUGGUGUUUACUGUAUAUCCAGGAUGGGUUUUAUUUCUUGAUUGCCAAAGGCACGGGUGGUAAGAAGCUAUUAUGUGGCAUCCUUAGCACAAAAGUUAAGGUUAUAAAUAUUCAUUGGCUGUUGUAUUUUUCCAACCAUCAUAAAUGAUUGGAAGCAUUAAUAAACACUCAGAUUGUUCAGUGGA